AUGACACUCUCUCAUCACGUUGAAACCACAAAGAAACAAGUGAACGAGCUUGAUCAAGCCAUCAACACUCUCUUUGAUCAACAAGUCAAGAACGUUCAAGAAAUUGUUUCCUUGAAACAAACUCUCGAAGAUGUGAAUCAAAAAACUUGCCAUGUGAAUGUUUUACAAGCUGUAGCCUCCAUGCAAGAUCUCAUCAGCAAAGAGCAGCUCAAACCAAGACCAACCAUUGUUACCUUUGUUGGCAAUGCUGGUAUGGGAAAGAGUACUUUCAUCAACCGUUUGGUAGGACUUGACAUUCUUCCAAGUGCUUCUGGCUUGGAGCAUGUGACGACAGUGUUGUUUCAAUUGCGUCAUGGAGACUCUUUUUCGAUGGAAACGGUCUUGUGCAAUGACGAUGAAUUUGAACAACGUUGUCGAGUCAUGCAUGUGGAUCCUGUUGUUGGCCUCUCCUGUGCUGGUGUUGUUGUUGCUGAAACAAAGACUUUUCCAAGUUUGGACAAGCUAGUCAAAGAGAUGAGCAACAAACUGAAAGCAAUGACCGACAAUGACAUGUAUCGUGUCAAGAUGAUCAAAGUUACUGCACCAAUUCCAAUUAUGAAAGACUGGAACUUUGAGUUGAUUGACGCUCCUGGUCUCAACAGUGGUGCCCAUAGCAAGCUAUUUGAGAGAUUGGCCAUUGAGGCAGGAACACUCGCCGAUCGUAUCUUGAUCUUUCCAAACGGCUUACGAGCAGAACUUCCAACGGAUUACUUUGAGUUGAUGGGGAAAAUCUUCUCAGAUCCAGACAUUCAAAGAAAUCCAAAAACUUUCUGUUAUUGCUAUGGAGGACGAUCCAUCUCUGAAAAGAAUGCAACCAAUGAAUUUUUAGAAUGUCUAUCAGCAAAAACAAAGGAACCAAUUAAUAGAACUUUCAAGAACUAUCUCUCUGAUUUCUUUGAUUACAAGUUUGAUGAUCUUCCAAGAGGGACUCAUGAGAAACCAGUGAAUGGCCAAAUUCACUUUGUGGAAUCCAAGAAGAAUGUGCUCGAGUUUUUGGUGGAACAGUUCAUGACUUUUCCAAUUCCAAACAUGAACUCUAAAAAUGUCAAACAGGAAUUCGAAUAUACCAAACAAUGUUUCAAAUUGAUGUUAAAGAAAGAUCGACUCAUUUACAUGAACAGAUUGACACAGAAUAUUAGAGAAUUGGCUUUAAUCUGCAUUCCAAGAAUCAUGGCCAAAACAAAAUACCAAACGACCAUGAACAAGAAAGACGAAGUUGAUGAAAUUAUGAAUGAGUGUCACCAAGUUGUGAACAACAUUGUCAAGGGUUUUAAACAGAAGGCGAAAAAGAAUCAAAGUCCAAAGAGAGCCAUAGGAAAAUUGCUCAAAGAUGAAUUUUUAGUUUCAAAAGUUGAUAUUGACGGCAAUGAAAAACGUACAAAACUGAUCAUCACUCACUUACGCCUCUUGGAAGAAUAUAUUAAGGCAAUUGCCAGGAAGUAUUUAAAUGUAGAAUCUACAGGCAACCAAACAACAGAUGUGAACAGAUUUUCAGAUGCAGUCCUUCCUCUGUUUGACUUGAAUCAUCCAGAUCAUAUUGUUCUUGCGUCAGAGAUUAAGGAAGAGUUAAAAGACCUCUUUUUCUCGUUUAUUAAUACUAGACACACCCAUUAUGAAGAAAAGUUCAAUAACAACUUCUGCGCCGUGAAACGAGAUCUCAUCAGUUCAAACGUUCUCAAGUUGCCAAAGGUUAAUAAUUAUGUGAAUGUCAAUGCCAUGGUUUCUGACAGGAUUGUCACCUACUCGGACAGCGUUGUCAAGAAUAGGUAUCAGUAUAGAAGAGACAAGUCAGCGGUUACUAUUCGUAAUGUAACCAAUGGUUUGCCUGUGGUUUCUUCAGUGAUUCAAAUCUCUCUCAAGAAAAACCUUCAAGUGGAUAUUAGUAACGUUCAGCAAGAUGAAUUCGAGACAUUCAAGAAUUUGAAACCUUCCAAAGUGUUGCUUGAUCACAAUCAAAAAACAAGAGUGGCUCCAGUCUUUUUCAUCUCUCUGGAUGGAAUUGUUUCACACUUUGCGUUGAGUAACAUUUGGGAACAAUAUUCCUCAGAGUCCUUAGUCAUUAUUGUAGCACCAGUUCAACUUGAAUGUAUGAUCAUUGACUCUGUCAAAAAUUACGACAAGCCUCACCAUCAGGUGAGAAUUUUGAGAGUCCAUGUUGAGAAUGGUUUGUACUCUGAAGGCUCUCUCAUGAAUGCCAUGUUUCACUUGGCAAAUUAUAUGAAAUUUCCAAUGAUCCAUGUGGUUAGACAACAAUUGAAGAGAGUUUAUGAAUAUGUGAGUUACCCAUUGAAAGAGUAUGUUUCGAACGAGUGGACUCUUAUUCGAUAUUUGAGAAGUGCUGAAUCCAUUAUCUACAAUGAAAUUAAUGCUCUUGACGAAGAGCAAAUGACCCAAGUGAUCAAAAAAUUCAUCCAAGAGAGAAGAAAGGCCAUUUACAAACACGACAUUAGUGAGCUUGAACACAUACAAGACAUUCUCGACCAUGAAAGUGUCGAUGUAUGUGUUGAAGAUGUCGAACGUUUUAUCGAAUCACUCAGAACCAUUGACCAUGAGAUUAAUAAGAAGAAUCCUUCUGCAAAUUCCAAUUUCGAAAGUCAGUUCAAAGUCGAAUUCUUUUCGAAGAAUAAGGGAAGAGUGGGUUGUUGGGAUGGCAAGACCAGUGUGAUCGAUAAGAAUAAGAUUUAUUCACGGGAUGGAUAUAAUUAUAUUGUUUCCAAUUAUGCAACAGCAAUUGAGACUUACUUUAUGCAAGCCGUUGACAAGAUUUUGCCAGUAGCAGAUGAUAAAUUUACAAGUGACCUUCCACAACAUUACGAAACCAUAGAGUAUGGGUUUAAUGAUCCCAAAUUGGUUAACUUUAGAACCAACUUGUUGGCCAAUGGUGUGGGAGGAUUCUUGCAUUUUGGAUUCAAAUAUGAAAUUGAAAGAGCUCCAUCGAGUCAAAAAAGAAAAACCUCUCCAGCUUCUUCUUCAUCAUCAUCCUCAAGAAAGAAAAGAAAGUAG